AUGGAGAGUUGCAACAAACCAACCCCACGGCUGCUAACUAAAAAAAAACAUAAACAACGAAAGAUGUUGUUAAUCAACAAGAAAACAGAUUGGAGCCACUUUAAAGCGAAUCUAGACGAAACCUUAACCCUCAUAAUAAGACAAAGAACACCUAUUGAAAUUGAUACUUCUGUUGAACAACUGACUAAUAACAUCGUGAAAGCGGCAACACCCAUAACACCAACAGGUGGUAAUCGUGAGAUUAUCUACCCAAUGGAAGUUAGGGAACUAGUAAAACAAAAACGAAAGGCANUUCGGAUAAAACCGUCUGGAAUUGUACUAGCAAACUUUUGCAUGAAAAAAUUAAAAAAGUAAAAAACGAAACGUUCAAAUCAUACUUAAGUGAACUUUCUGCAACGAAUAACACUGAUUAUUCAUUAUGGAAGGCUACAAGACACAUGAAGAGUCCUAGAGCCUAUGUACUAUCAAAUGGAAAGUUGGAAGGUGGAUCAUGAGCACCCUGUGAAAAAGAUAAAGCAGAUAUCUACGCACGUCAUUUAGACCGUGUAUUUCAACCAAACGAAGUGGUUUCCAAACUCGACAUAGUUCAGUAUCAACAACUAAAUGAAAUAUGCGAUAAGAUAAAGCACUUUACUCCAGUUGAAAUCGCAAAAGAAAUUAAUAUGAAUAUCAACCCAAAAAAGGCAUCUGGGUACGACCAGAUUAACCCAAAAAUACUGAAAGAGUUAUCUAAAAAAGCUAUGAUUCAUCUAACACACAUAUUCAAUACCAUCCUACGUAUGGAAUACGUUCCUAAACAAUGGAAACGAGCCCAAGUGAUCAUAGUACUUAAACUAGGAAAAUCACCAGAAGAAGUAACUUCAUAUAGAACUUCCAAGCAUCUCAAAAUUACUCGAAAAACUACUUCUAAAACGCUUUAAACCGUUAAUAGAAGAAAGACAGCUUAUACCGGAACAUCAGUUUGGAUUUCGAAAUAAACACUCAACAAUUGAUCAGGUCCAUCGUGUCUCCAACGUAAUAAGAAAAGUGUUUGAAGAGAAUAAGUGUUGCUGCGGAGUAUUCUUUGGUACAAGCUUUCGAUAAAGUUUGGCACAAAGGAUUACUUAUAAAACUACGUUAACAGCUGCCAAACAAUUGGUGCGCACUUUUAGAAUCCUACCUGGAUUCAAUUCAAUUCAGGGUCAUUAAUGAAGAAGCAUUAACUGAUUGGAAAAACAUAUCGGCGGAUAUACCACAGGGAAGCGUUAUUGGACCAAUCCUGUACUUACUCUACACAAUAGAUAUUCCAACCACCAACUAUUCAAUGACAGCCAUGUUUGCUGAUGACACGGUAAUAAUGAUAACGAAUGAAGACCAGCAGAUUGCGACUGAUUGGCUUCAAAGGUCCAUCUACAACGUUUCCAACUGGACGAAUAUAAACCGGUAUUACUAG